AUGAUCACAAACAUCGGAAGACAGAUACUUAGAGGAGCAACGAAGAAUCUGAGAGUAGCUUCACGCGCUCCAAUUGCAAGUCGUGCAUUCACAGUAACCCCAAUGCGCUUUGGAGCUGGGAGUACCGAUGGUACACUCACAGCUCAGCUAUCCAACGAGAUUAAAUUCGAAACUGAAAGCGCCAGCCCAGAGGAACCUGAAUGGGUUAGAGUUUUCAAUGAGGAGAAGAUCUGGUCGAUUGAGGAUAAAGCUGGCUCAGAUGAGAUAGUGCUUAGCAGGCAAUUCGGAAAUGAGUUUAUCAGGGUACUUUUCUCCAUUUCAGACCUUGAGCAGGAUGAAUCUGCAGCUGGACAAGCAGAGGAGCCCGUCGAUGAAGUACCUGCAUAUAGCGUGAGGAUGUCAGUCAGCGUUACUAAACCAAAUAGCGGUGCUUUGACCGUUGAUUGCGUAUCGCAGAAUGAAUCAAUUCUUAUCGAUAAUAUAUCCUUCUACAAAGAUUCAAAACUGGCUACACAGCUCACUGCAGACGCAGAUUGGGAGAGAAGGGGAUUAUACAUUGGACCAGUAUUUGAGCACCUCGAUUUAGACGUACAAGGUGAAUUCCAAAACUAUCUCGCUGAAAGAGGUAUCGAUGAGCGUCUGGCUACGUUCGUCCCUGAGUAUGCCGUGUACAAGGAGCAAAAGGAGUAUGUCAAAUGGCUCGACAACGUCAAGAGCUUCAUUGAGGCAUGA